GGCGGCGGCCUGGGGGAGGCGGUUCCCGUGAGGAGCCAGCGGCGGCGGCGGCUGCGCUCCCUGCCCCUCAGCCCGGGGAUGGCCCAGGUUGAAAGAAGAAAAGGAGACCUUCUUGUCCAGUGAAGAUGCUGUCUACUUAGUCUUCAGCUAUUUAAGCUGAAUGCAUUGUGAUUUCCAAUAAUUGAGACAGUGAUUCUGAAAGCUGUCUACAUUAAUGAAAAGAACAAUGUAGUCAGCUUAACUGAAUCAUCAGUGUUGCAUAUUGAAUAGAACAUAAGCUUGUCUCGAUGGACUUGUGCAUGUCAGGAAUAGAGAUUAUAUACAUUUAUUUAAAGUCUUGUUUUUUAAAGCAGUAGUUUGACAGUUUUAAAUAUGGAGAAAUAUGAAAAUGCGCCUCCCCUCCCUAAAGAACCUGCAAGAGAAAUGAAUGUGGAGAACCAGACUUGUCCCCCACCUUUGCCGCCUAAUGAACAGCCUCCACCACCUCCCCUGCAAACGUCCAGUGACGCAGAGGUAAUGGACGUUGGCUCUGGUGGUGAUGGACAGUCAGAUACCCCUGCUGGGGACGCGCACAGUAUCUGCAGAACACAGCUUCUCACAAAGGGAUCUGCCUGCUACAAAAGUCGUCUUCUAAUAGACCCUAGCAAUAGUGACCAAAGCCCAAGAACUGCUCGUCAUGCACCUUCAGGUCGGAAGUUCACCCCUGAUCUUAAGUUACUUAAAGAUGUAAAAAUUAGCGUUAGCUUUACAGAAAGCUGCAGAAGCAAAGACAGGAAAGUUCUGUACACUGGAGCUGAGCAAGAUUAUAAAGCAGAUACAGAUUUUAGUGUUAAUAAUGUCAAUGGGGAUGUGCAUGCUUGUCCUUUUGGUGGUAGUAAUGGUAAAACAGCAGGGGUAGGGGGUGAAAAUGAUGACAAGAAAGAUGAUGAAAAUGAUAUUGAUCAGGAAAAGAGAGUGGAAUAUGCAGUUCUGGAUGACUUAGAAGAUUUUACUGACAAUUUGAUGGAAAUAGAUGAAGAAGGAGGAGGGUUCACAUCUAAAGCAAUCGUUCAGAGAGAUAAAGUGGAUGAAGAAACGAUGAAUUACUCCUAUGAGGAUGAUUUUGAUAACGAUGUGGAUGCUCUGCUGGAAGAGGGUCUUCAAGCACCCAAAAAGAGGAGAGUAGAAAAUGAGAAAUAUGGAGGUGAAAGUGACCACCAGUCUGAUGGAGAGACAAGUGUGCAGCCAAUGAUGACCAAAAUAAAAACCGUACUUAAAAGUCGAGGCCGCCCUCCAACAGAGCCAUUGCCUGAUGGAUGGAUCAUGACAUUCCAUAACUCGGGCAUUCCUGUAUAUCUGCACAGAGAAUCCAGAGUUGUUACCUGGUCCAGACCUUAUUUCUUGGGAACAGGAAGCAUACGGAAACAUGAUCCUCCCUUGAGUAGCAUUCCCUGUUUGCAUUACAAAAAAAUGAAGGAAAAUGAGGAAAGGGAACAAAACAAUGACAUAACCCCAAAUGGAGAAGUAUCACCUAUAAAGCAUGUGGACAAAACUUCAGAACUGGACUGUCAAGCAGAAGAACCAGACUCCACUGCUGCUGAUUCUGGGUCUUUAGAUGACAGAGACCCAUCAAGUGGAGAUGCAGCACAAGGAGCCUUAGGACAGGUCAAGGCCAAAGUUGAAGUGUGUAAAGAUGAAUCUGUAGACCUUGAGGAUUUUAGACAGUACCUUGAAAAGCGUUUUGAUUUUGAACAAGUUACAGUUAAAAAAUUUAGAACCUGGGCUGAGAGAAGGCAGUUCAAUCGUGAAAUGAAGCGGAAGCAGGCAGAGUCUGAGCGUCCUAUUUUGCCAGCUAAUCAGAAGCUCAUUACCUUGUCUGUGCAAGAUGCACCUACAAAGAAAGAGUUUGUCAUUAAUCCUAAUGGAAAGUCUGAAGUUUGUAUACUGCAUGAAUAUAUGCAACGAGUCCUAAAGGUUCGCCCUGUUUACAACUUCUUUGAAUGUGAGAACCCAAGUGAGCCUUUUGGAGCCUCAGUGAUUAUUGAUGGCGUGACUUACGGGGCAGGAACUGCAAGCAGCAAAAAACUUGCCAAGAAUAAAGCUGCCCGAGCUACACUGGAAAUCCUCAUUCCUGACUUUGUUAAACAGACCUCUGAGGAGAAGCCCAAAGACAGUGAAGAACUUGAGUAUUUUAACCAUAUCAGUAUUGAGGACUCACGGGUAUAUGAACUGACCAGUAAAGCUGGACUCUUGUCUCCAUAUCAGAUUCUCCAUGAGUGCCUUAAAAGAAACCAUGGAAUGGGUGACACAUCCAUAAAGUUUGAAGUGAUUCCUGGUAAAAAUCAGAAGAGUGAAUACGUCAUGACGUGUGGCAAGCACACAGUACGAGGCUGGUGUAAGAAUAAGAGAGUAGGGAAACAGCUAGCUUCUCAGAAAAUCCUACAGCUGCUGCACCCACAUGUGAAGAACUGGGGCUCUUUGUUGCGUAUGUAUGGCAGAGAAAGCAGCAAGAUGGUUAAACAGGAGACUUCUGAUAAGAGUGUGAUAGAACUUCAGCAGUAUGCCAAAAAGAACAAGCCAAAUCUACACAUCCUGAACAAGUUACAGGAAGAAAUGAAAAAAUUGGCACAAGAAAGGGAGGAAACUAGAAAGAAACCUAAGAUGACAAUAGUAGAAUCAGCUCAGCCUGGUAGUGAACCUCUGUGUACUGUUGAUGUGUGACCAGAAAACUUACAAUUGGGGAGCAAUAACACAAGUGGAGAAACUAAUUUUCAAAAAAUAUUUAAGAAUCUGUUUUGCUGCAGAAUGCAAGAUAACUUUAAAAUCCAAGCUGCUUCAGUUAUGCAUUGUUCUUUUGCAUCGUCAGGGCAAUAUUACUUUUUUUUACCUCCAGGAUAUGUAUGUUUAAAUGAUUGAUCAUAAAGAUCUCUACUUGGGCAAAUGCACAGAAGACAAGGCAUGUUCACACAGGAUAAAUUUUAAGCAAGCACUUUUUCCUUGAAAGUUAUCCAUGUUGUCUGGAAUGGAUGUGUUUUAAGGAUCAAAUUCAGAAUAUCUAUGUACAGGUUGAAGCUGAUAUAAUAUAUAAAUAUAUAUACACCCUCUUGUAUGAACAUGCCUAAAACUAUUUUUGUGAAAAGUUUUGUUGCAUUUCAGCACAUAAUAAUAUGCACUGAUAUGACACUUUGGUGACAGAUAUAAGAAAAGAAAUGAGCAAUGUUCCUAAUGCCAUAGGAUUAGGCCAGUAAUGUUUUUCUUAUUUUGUGUCCUGCCAGGCUAGCUUUUUUGAGAUCACAGUAUGCAGACUUCUUGGGGGGAUUUUUUUUUGUUUUUACUUGAAAAGAACAAGUGUACCUGGCAGUGUUAAGAGCAACAAGUUGGAUAUCCCAAAUUGCUGGGAUUUUUUUUUAAAGGAAAAGAAGCUAUGUUUGUUUACAAACUAAUAGGAAGGGAAAAUAUAUGGCCUUCUUUAUUUGAUUAAAAUAAAAACUGCAAGUAACUUUGCCACUUCAAGUGCUGGUUUUGGAGCUUGAAAGAUAAAUGUAACUGAAGAUAGGUCAUCUGAAAAUAUUUUGCCAGUGCAUUGUUUAAAGAUGCUUUACCCCGCCCCCUGCUAUUAAGUAAUCUUUCAUUUGUUUUUGGAGUCAGGCUGCACCAUAUUUCUUUUUAGUUGUCUUAGAUAACUUGAAUUACGAAUUUAAAGAAUUUUCAAAUGGCUUUGCAUUUGUGGCCUGGCCUUUGAGAAUCUUAAAAUAACUGACUGCAGCAAUUUUACACUUAAAUACGUUUGUAACUAGGUGUUUUACUUCCUUGUUUUGUUUUUUUUAAUUAUUUUUAGUAUUUGAAUAACUUUUGCAAUGAAACUUAGACUGUAGAUAUGGGAUACAGCAUAGAAUAAAGGAGUAGAAUAAAGACCUCUUAAGUUGUUCUUUUUUCCAUCUUAAUCAGUACAUGGAUAUGCAAAUGUUUAUGAAAUACAAUCUUAGAAAACUGGCAGUACUCAUAUCUGCUGAGGAUUUUAUACAUUAGUUAAACACAGAAAUACUUUUGUCUGUCAUGGAAGCACUGCUGUUCCCCUUCAUGUGGAGUUCAUUCUUCAUUGGCUAAGUCAGUAAAUCUCUCAAACUAGAAGGAAAACUUUUGCUUAAAAUCAAGAAACCAAGUUCAUAGCAGGGGUCCAGUGACUUAACCAAGACUUGGUAUUUCUACUACUGUAUUUUACAAUCCCCAAAUUAUUGGCAGGAAGAAGCUUCAGUUCUUCAUCCUUAAAGUUGCAGCUCUGGGACUUAUCUGGACAGUUGUUAGUGAAAUUUGACCACAGUGUGCUCCAGUAUAAUAGAUGGUUGUGCCUCCAGGAUUUUAAGUUUUGGCAUCAGUAUUUUCAAACCACCUUUUAAUAUUAUCCCUGCUGUUUUGCAAAUUGGGAGACUUUAGUUUUUUUUUAUCCUAAGCUAACAUUCUGUUCUUUGUUGGAUGUUUUUUCCCCCUUUUUCCUGUUUUGUAAUUCUACUUAGGAUCAGUCUGAUCUGUUUCUAUAUUUACAUUUCAAGUUGUAUGCUCAGAGGUCUCUGCAAAUAUGAAGUCACCUAACGUGCUUAUUAUUCAGCUUUUGAGUUCUGCAAAUUGUAAUCCUGUUUUCAGCAAAGGAUACGGGUAGGUGGAUGACUGUACCUAAACCGUUAUUUUAAGUGGCCUAUCAAAAAAACAAAAAAAAAACCUGCCUCUGCUUAUUUUGUUUUAGCAUAGCUUUAAUAAAUCUCAAUCUUCUGAAAGGUAUGUAACAUUGGUGCAGUACUUACAAGCAGUAGUUGCUGCUUGCUUCUGACUUUCACAAAGACAGGGCUUAUCUUCUAUGCCUAAAUGUAUUACAGUGUUAUGUAGGUUUUAAUUCAGUCUAUGUAUUUCUAGCAGAAAAAAAUAGUCUUUGGAUGACACUGUAAAAGACGCAUCACCCCUGUGGACCUUUUUAUUUUUUCCAAAAGCAGAAUGUCAGUGUUUUGCAGGCCACCUGCAGAGUAUCCAUAGAUGCCUCACUUACAAAUUUUGCUUUUAUUGCUAAGAGGAUUUCUGUAUUACCUCAGUUCACCACUAUCUGAAUUGCAAGAAAGUGACCAUUGCCCUUAAAUAAAACAGCCAGAUAUUUCAUUGUGAACCAAAGCCUAGUACAUAAUAUGCAUUCUAAAAAAGGAUGGUAUUACACCUUGCUGCAGCCUUUAACUGGAGAGAUGUCCAGAAAAUAAAGCGCAAUAACUGCUGGAACAAACAACUGCUGUUUUAUUGUCAUUGUGAAGUAUUCUUGUGUUUUUAAUGUUUACUAUUGUUUGGAGUGUAAGUCUUGCAUUUGCACAUAAGCACGAGCUGCUGUGAUAGAGGAUAGAUCAUUGCAUUAACUUCAGCUUCUGCAUGAACACUUAAGGUGUGAUUCAAGAUGUAUCUUAAAUUCGUCUUGUAUCUCUUGUGUGUUUUCUAGGUGACCAGCUGUAAAGGUUUAGAUCUUGAUUGUAUGAAUGCAUAAAACUAAGUGCUGCUUUUGUCACUGGUCUUUGUUCUUUAUCCCUCCCUUGCCCCAGGAAAGAUGGGUGUUUUUAUGUGGAUGGAGUGUAUUAAUUACAGAACUGUUCCAUCCUGUGGGAACUGGACAGUUUUUGCUUUGCAUAUUAUGUGCUUCUUGAAAGAAGUGUGGUGUAUUUACUUAAAGGGUUAAAUUAGUGUGCAUUCACAUCUCUAUGGUACAGAUGGAAAAUUACUGUGACUUGUAACAAACUAGUUGGAUGCUACCUAUUUAAACACAACACCAGUCAUUCAGCUUUUUUAUUAAAUAUUUAUUAAACAAAACCAAUGAAAUAAUCAGAUACCCAGACGCUUGAAACAGCUCAAAUAUUAUGCAUAAGCGUACUGUUUGGGGUAAAUUCCUGCUUCCCUAUGUCAGGCUUUACACAGACACAGUGAAUACUUUAUAACAUCUAAGUAUUUAAAAGCUUAAUUUACAGCCUACAACCACUCUAGACUAUAUUUUGGUUCUGGGGUUAAGGUUCAGAAAAAUAAUAGCCUUCUAUCUCCUGACUUCCUGUGGGAAAAAUUAUAAACGUGAAAGAAAGUGCAAAAAGCCAUGCCAUUCUUAACCAAAUAAAAGGUGAUCAGUUACAGUAUUUUGAUGUGUAUUUGAGAAGGGAAAAGCAAAUAAAUGCAUUUUUAUAUGCCCAAGUAGAUAACAAUGGUUGCUGUAUGAAUUGUAUUGAGUGCAGUUGCUUGAUGCCAGUGCUAAAUUGGUACAACUAUAAAGCCUCAUUUUCACUGAGCCUCUGCUUGCUUUUUUUCUGCACAAUCAUAUAAGCCUAUGUGUUUGGUCUUUUGAGUACUACAUGUGUAUUUUUCAGACAAUUAGUUUUGAGCAAUAAAGUUUGAUAUUAUAAAAA